GGUACGCGUUCCUCGCGCUCGGCCCCUCGCCCGACGGCAGCGCCAUGGAGCCGACCCUCGCGCGCGGCGAGGGCGGCGACCUCUGCAGGUGGACGCUGGUCCCCGCAGACGAGCGCGUCGGCGCCGACACGGUGCAGAUAGGGACGCCGCUGCUGAUCCGCGGCAAGUACAACGACUGCCUCGGCCUCGGGCCGCCCCUGCGCGACAGGGUCGGGGACGGCGUGUUCCGCUCCCCGUCCCGCCUCUCCGGGCGGGGGCUGGCCUGCGGCGGGCGCAGCCCGCGCGCCCCGGAGCUGCACUUCGGCGUGGUCAAGGCUGGCGUCCCGUGCAUCACGGGCAGCCUCGUCGCGAUGCCGUCCUCGCCGCCUCCAGGCCCGCGCGCCGAGCCGGACGGCGGGCUGGCGGGGCUCCCGCGGCAGGAGCAGGAGCAGGCCCUGCUGGAGGAUGUCCUCCUCUGCCUGCUGGGCGCCGAGGGCGCCUACGUGCGCCACGCGCCGGGAAGGCCAGGCGAAGGCGUGCCCGGCGGCCUGCUGGAGGUCCACUUCGAGGUGCAGGCGCCUCCCGGGGCCGACCCCUCCGGCGUGCAGCUGCUGGGGCAGCUGCUGCCCCUCUGCGGGCACCGCGCGGGGGUGCAGCGCUUCGUGGACGCGCACGGCAGGUGCGAGUUCGGGACCGUCAACCACGCGUUCUGCGCCGCCCUCCGCGACCUCCUGCAGGAGUUCUCGAUCAAGCUCGGGCAGCUGGAGUCGGCCCUCUGGGGCGGCAAUCUCACCAUCGCAAAGCUAUGGUACCACCUGCAGCCGUCCAUGGACACGUUUGCGGUUCUGCACCGGAUAGUGUCGCGGGUAUACGGCCAUACCGGCGGGUCGGUCCUCAACGGCAUCGAGGAGGUCAUGGCCCGCAGCAGCCUCACGUCUGCGCAGGACUUGUGCGAGUUCCUUCUGCAGCAGGCCUCCCAGCCGUACUUCGACAUGAUCUCGAAGUGGAUCUACGAGGGCCGUCUCGACGACCCUUACUACGAGUUUUUCGUCUCCGAGAGCCCACGAGUGCGGGACGAGAAGUUUGGCGGGCCCGCGGCCGAUUUCUGGCAGAAGCACUUCCUCUUGGAGGAGCGCGCGGUUCCCCAGCUCCUGGGGCAGAGCAAGGACCGGAUCCUCAACGCCGGGAAGUACCUGCACGUCUUCGCAUCGGCGGCGCCGGGCAAGAAGCUCCCAGAGGCGCCCAGCCGUGGGCAGCUCAGAUACUCGAGGAGGCGGCGCGACUACACCGAGGCGAUCGACGCCGCCUACCGCAGGGCGUCGUCUGCCCUGCUCGAGCUGUUCAUGAAGCCCGCGCCUGAGGGGCUGGACCUGCCGGGCAGGCUGAGAUCCAUGCGCAGCUUUUUCUUCCUCGGCAAGGCCGAUUGGUUCGGGCACCUCCUGGACACCGCUGCGGAGGAGCUGGAGCAGCCGGCUGCGGAGGUGGCCCUCUCGCGCCUGGAAGGCUUGCUGGACCUGGCUGUCCGCGCUUCCUCGGCGGCGAACGACGCCUACCGCGACGACAUCUCCUGCGCGAUGCAUUCCUUCAGGAUCGAGGACGCCUGCCACCGGAUGACCCGCGGAAGCGCGCUGCCCAGCGAUGACGCGGACGCCCCAGCCGCGGACGCCGCGGCGGCCCGCCUGACCCCGCCGAGCGUCUCGCCGCACCACGCGGGCCCCGCCGGGGUCGCGGCGGGGCUCAGCGUCGCGGGCGAGGGCUCGGGCAUUCGUUGCGUGACUCUGAAGUACCGCACCUCCUGGCCGCUCUCCAUCGUCUUCUCGAGGGCGCUGCUUCUGAAGUACCAGGUCAUCUUCAGGCACCUGCUCUACUGCCGCUACGUGGAGCGGAAGCUGGUGGAGGUGUGGGUGGACCACCAGUACACCAAGGAGCUGGGGCUCGAGACCAGCUUCAGCCCGUCGUACUCGCUGCGCCAGCGCAUGCUGCAUUUCUGCCGCGACUACAUCUACUACAUCACGGUAGAGGUCCUGGAGCCGCACUCCCACCGAUUCCUCGCCUCGCUGGAGCAGGCGGACUCCGUGGACGAGGUGCUGAAGAGCCACGAGGCGUACCUGGACGGCUGCCUGCGCGAGACGCUGCUCACCGAGAGGGAGAGCCUGUACAAGCACCUCUCCAAGGUGCUGCAAACCUGCCUGACGUUCGCGUACAACCUGCACAGGUUCUCGCACAACUUCCACGGCCAGCCCGCCGGAGACCGCAAGAACAAUACCUUCGACAACACAGAGAACAUAUGCAUUUGCGGACACAUCGACGACGACUUGCACCGAUUAUGGG